GUCGAGACUCGAGACGUCGAGUCGAGUCGUCCGUCUGGCGUCGGCCUUCCCUGGCACCCUUAGACGAUAUAGUCUUUACUUUUUGGUCCAAGAUCUGGCAAGUCCAGUCAUUGCAGAAAAUAGCCUGAAUCCAAAAAACCGGAAAGGCACUGUAGAAGGAAACGUCUCUGACGCUCCACGGCUCAUGAAAACGAAUCGAAGCUGAGAAGUGGCUACUCGACGUGGGCCAUUUCUGCCCUCAUAAUAUUCUCUCUCUCUCUCUCACUCUCUCUCUCUUAUUUUAUUUCUCUUCACCGGUCAUUACCCAUUUACCCCUCUCUAGUCCGUCUCUCCCUGCCAUAAACUGCCACUCCAGAAAAUUGGAACCUCUCUAGUUCUCUCCCUCCCUCCUCGGUCGCUUAAUUCUGUGGAUUGAUCCCGUCGUUCCGAAACGCUGCAACUUGGACAUCUUUCUUCAAACAGUUUGUGGAGAGAUGGGCGAGAGUUCCAUGGGGGCACUUGUGCCUUCGGUGAAGACGGAAGCAAAAUUGUCCGCGGUAGUAGCAGGGUCGUCAGAGGCCGCUGAUGAAGCAGCGGCAGCAGAAGCUGAAGGAGGUGCAGCCACAACGAUGCCGGAUACGGGAGUGGCCGAGUUCGAUAAGGACUUCUUGUGCCCGAUAUGCAUGCAGGUCAUCAAGGAUGCCUUCUUGACGGCUUGUGGCCAUAGCUUCUGUUACAUGUGUAUUAUUACUCAUCUUCACAACAAGAACGAUUGCCCUUGUUGCGGCCGCUAUCUUACUAACAACCAGCUCUUCCCCAAUUUCCUCCUCAACAAGCUACUGAAGAAGACUUCUGCUCGUCAAAUAGGGAAAACCACAUCACCCAUAGAGCAUCUUCGUCGGGCAUUACAACAGGGAUGUGAGGUGUCAGUUAAGGAGCUAGACAGCUUAUUGACUAUCCUUCUGGAGAAGAAAAGAAAAAUGGAGCAGGAAGAAGCAGAGACAAAUAUGCAGAUUCUGCUUGACUUCUUGAACUGCCUAAGGAAGCAAAAGCUUGAAGAGCUGAAUGAGAUACAAAACGAUCUUCAGUAUAUUAAGGAGGAUAUUAAUGCUGUAGAGAGACAUAGAAUAGAGUUAUAUCGAGCAAGGGAGAGAUAUUCAGUGAAACUGAGAAUGCUUCAUGAUGAUCCUAUGGCUAUAAAAGCAUGGCCAUCUUCAAUGGAUAAGCACAGUCCUGGCCUUCUAUCUAGUGCUCGUAGUGCACAAGGGGGAACAAGUUCAGGCAACUUUCAGAACAAGAACGAUCUAAAGGCUCAAUUGAGUUCUCAGGCACUCCAAAGAAAAGAUGCUUUCAGUGGAUCAGAUCCACAAAAUGUUGCUACUCAAUCUGGACUUGCUAUAGCGAGGAAAAAACGGGUUCAUGUACAGUUCAAUGACCUACAAGAAUGUUACUUGCAAAAACGGAGACAUUGGGCCAGCCAAUCACAAAUGCAAGAAGAAAGGGGUCCAAAUGCCAUUAGAAGAGAAGGUUAUCAUGCAGGUCUUGAGGAUUUUCAAUCUGUAUUAUCUACCUUUACGCGAUACAGUCGUUUGAGGGUAAUUGCAGAACUCAGGCAUGGGGAUCUUUUUCACUCUGCCAAUAUUGUAUCAAGCAUAGAAUUUGACCGUGACGAUGAGUUAUUUGCUACUGCUGGAGUUUCUAGGCGCAUUAAAGUUUUUGAGUUUUCCUCGGUGGUGAAUGAACCUGCAGAUGUGCAUUGUCCCAUUGUGGAAAUGUCCACGAGAUCCAAACUUAGUUGCUUGAGUUGGAACAAGUACACUAAGAACCAUAUAGCUAGUAGUGAUUACGAAGGGAUAGUCACUGUUUGGGAUGUAAACACUCGACAGAGUGUGAUGGAGUAUGAGGAGCAUGAAAAGAGAGCAUGGAGUGUUGAUUUUUCUCGCACAGAACCCUCAAUGCUUGUGUCUGGUAGUGAUGAUUGCAAGGUUAAAGUGUGGUGCACAAAGCAGGAAGCCAGUGUACUUAACAUCGACAUGAAAGCAAAUAUUUGUUGCGUCAAAUAUAAUCCUGGAUCUAGCAUACAAGUAGCGGUUGGUUCUGCAGACCAUCACAUUCACUAUUAUGACUUGAGAAAUGUCAGCCAUCCGCUCCAUGUUUUCAGUGGGCAUAAGAAAGCUGUUUCAUAUGUAAAGUUUUUGUCUAACAAUGAGCUUGCUUCUGCAUCUACUGACAGUACAUUGCGGUUAUGGGAUGUGAAGGAAAAUAUGCCACUCCGUACAUUUAGAGGCCACACAAAUGAGAAGAACUUUGUGGGUCUCACUGUAAACAGUGAAUACAUCGCUUGUGGCAGUGAAACAAAUGAAGUGUUUGUUUACCACAAGGCAAUCUCCAAACCUGCAGCGGGGCAUAGAUUUGGUUCUUCUGAUGUGGAUGAUACAGAAGAUGAUGCAGGACCUUACUUCAUUAGUGCAGUGUGUUGGAAGAGUGAUAGCGCAACUAUGUUAACAGCUAACAGCCAAGGAACGAUCAAAGUGCUUGUACUCGCAGCUUGAAUAGGGAAAGAAAAAAGGUAAAAAAAAGGGAAAAUAUAUAAAAAAAUCCAUAUACCCAUCUUUUUUGCUAGGCAUAUACCCAUCUUGAAUCUCCCAUUGUUAAACGUGAUGACCCUUAUAUUGUAUAUAUUAUUAAAAUGUCCAAAAUGGUAGCUUCAAAAGGUUCAAAUUAAA